UUUUUCAGAAGACUCAUCUACAGCUAUCUUAUUUGUGUUUAUUGUUGACUACUCUACAGAACAGCUAUAUAGAAGACUCAUCAACAGCUCUUUUCUUUUGCUUUAUUGUCUACUACUUAUCAGAGCCGCUUUUCAGAAAAUGCCGGGUUGCAUUGUCAACGGUUGCAAGUCAAGGAGCAUAAAAGGCGACCAUAAUAUCAUCAUGCAUUCCUUCCCAAGAGAGAGGGAUCGUAUCAUGGCAUGGCUAUUGGCUACAGAUCAAGAGUUUCCCAAAAUUGAUGAACUGGUUGACCACAUUCAUCUCUCUAAAACGAACAAUUAUCGGCUCUGCUCAGCCCAUUUUAAAACUACUGACUAUACCUUUAAUCCAAAUACAGGAAAACAGAGGCUCACCCCCUUUGCCGUUCCUAGUAUUUUCCCUACACGGGAUAUACAAGUUCAAGCUGCCGAGGCAGUUGAGGCUGAAAUCCUGAAUCCUCAAAAGAGGAAAAGAUUGGAUGAAGACGUAGCUUCAACCAAUGGUUUAAAGCCAGGGGAAAUGUGCCCAACCUGCCGAAAUAUUGUACCUCAUGUUAACCCAACUGAAACGGAGCCACAAGCCUCAGAGAUAACGAAAAAGGAAGCAGCAACUAUAUUUGACAGGAAUUGGGGAACCGUAAAUCAGUGUAUACAAGUAAAACCUACAACUUUCUCUAUAAAAAUACAAUGCAGAAGACUGGUAAAAAAAAAAAUCUUGAGAAAAAAAAAAUCAAGACAAAGCUUGGUAUUUGGAAACCUGCCUUCGGAGCCAUUGCAAGGUGCCAGUGUAAUAUUUUCGACUCCGAAAAAAUAUAUAGGACCAACUGGAUCAGCAACUCUUAACAGUGUACCUGAGUUUCAAGAAAGUUGUAGAGCUAGACACGAACUACUACCUGCCACGCUUUUAUCCGAAUUGACAAUUUCACCUAUACAACCUAUUGAAGACCCUGAAGUCACUGUUAUUGUGGAGGAAUCUACUCUGCAUGCCCCUAUAUCUGUUUUAGAAGUAGAUAAAAGUUUAUCAACAAUCACAACUCCAGUCUCAACAAAUGAAAGUAGUUCAAGUGAUGAUGAGGGAGACUCAGUUCAUUCAGAUGAUGAAGACUACGAAGAAGAGGACAGUCAGCAUGUGCUGAGUGAAAAAUUUGUAAAUGUAAAUGUACCACAUCAUGAAGAAAGAAAAUUCAUAGUUUAUGAAAGCUGUUUGGACACAUUACUAUACAAGAUGCCUUGUACCUCUAAUCCACCCUGCAACAAAAAAAUACUAGGAGUGUAUAAAAAAACAAAGGGAUCAUAUAUUUCAGUCUUUGCUGAAUGCGAGGCCAAACAUUUAAAACGCAUAUGGCAGAGCCAGCCCCGAUUGGGAAAGAAACCAUUUGGAAAUUUACAGUUAGCUACUGCUAUCAUUACUAGUGGAAACACUUACAUCAAAAUCCAACAGUUCCUAAAAAUAUUUAAUAUUUUGGGAAUUAGCCAGGCUACUUACUACCGUAUCCAAAAAAUAUAUAUAUUUCCUGCAAUUGAAAAUUCUUGAACAAUUAAUCAAAAAUUAGAAAUGGAAAAAAUAUCACAACAUGCAGUAUGUGUUGCUGGAGAUGGACAAUGUGAUUCACCCGGGCACAGUGCAAAAUAUUGCAUAUACACAUUGAUGGAUGUAGAGACUAACAAAAUAUUGAAUUUCAACAUUCAACAAAUCGGUAUUGGUUUAUCCUCUGUUGCCCUUGAAAAAAUAGCGUGCAAGAAUGCCUUGGAAUUUCUACUGCAAAAUAAAGUGGACAUAGACAUCAUUUGCACUGACCGGCACGUAUCCAUCAGAAAAAUGCUGCGUGAGGAAUAUAAAACAAUUGGUCACCAGUUUGAUGUCUGGCACUUAGCUAAAUCUAUUGGAAAAAAGCUACUUGCCGUCAGCAAAAAAAAACCUAAAAACUGCCAAGAUUUAGCAGAAUGGAUAGGACCAAUUAAAAAUCAUUUAUGGUGGAGUUCUAAUACUUGUGAAUGCAAUCCAGAUGAACUUGUAAACAGAUGGAACUCUGUCUUGUACCAUGUCACCAACGUUCAUUUUUGGAAGGAUGAUAAUGGUCAGGAAUCAUCUUGUCAUCAUGACCAACUCCCUGAGGACAUUCAGUCCACCCGAAAAUGGUUAAAAAAACAAAGUGCCUGUUAUGUUGAACUUGGAAAAAUUGUCAUGGAUACAAGACUACAAAAAGACCUUAGACAUCUUAGCAACUUUUGUCACACUGGAGAUCUGGAAGUGUUUCAUAGUUCACUAACAAAAUACAGGCCUAAAAGACUUCAUUUUAGUACAGACGGGGUGUAUGCUCGAACACAGCUUGCUGCUCUUGACCAUAAUUAUAAUGUGAAUAGAGUGCAAGCAGUUGUUACAAGAGAGACUGAAACUAGCGGACCUUUAGGCACACCGAGGUACAAUCUUGCCUAUUCAAAAGCCCGGAAAGAGUGGUUUGUACGAUCAGUGUAUGAGCCAACCACUCAGGAAUUCGUCUCGAAAAUCAUGCAGGAUGUAAUGGGACUUGCCGAUGGAAACAUUUCCAUAGACUGGACCUCUCGCCGGUCAACAAUGCCUUCUAAUAUAGCACCAAUUGAAAAACCAGACAAACAAUCAAUGGUUGAAAAACACCACUCAAGAUUUAAAUUUUUUACUUGUUUGUUAUGUGCUAUAUACUUGUUUAUGUGCUAUAUUGUUCAACAUGCAUAUUCAUGUAUAUUUUCAUGAGUAAAAAAUACUUUUUUUUAUUAAUGGUUUAUUAUUAUAGUGUUGUUUAUUUAAAAAUAUUAUUACUACUUGUUUUUGUGAAAUGUUUUCAUUACAGAAAAUAAAUUUUAAUCAUCAAUUGUUAAAAAAAAAAAAACGUAAAUCAAAAAUAUUCAGUUUCUAAGGAAUUAAUAUUUUUUUUAUAUGCCAUAUAAGACUACCUUUAAACAAGGUAAAAUUUUAUAGAAAACCGGGGGUUAUCUCAUACGCCAGGUGCUGCAGCUGGCCGAGAUACAAGGAGUAUGGAUUAUCUAUUUUUCAGUUGGUAUGUAUUUAAAAUUUCUGCUUUAUAUAGCAACUGACAAAUAAUAUCUUCUCUACUUUGAAUUGUUGCCAUCUUGACUAUUUAUUCCACACACAAUUCUUCACUGUUAAACAUGCAAAACAAACACAUUAGGAUCCGCAAUUAUUUUACGUGGGCAACAGAGGGGUGUAGAUGAGUGUACAUGGGUAACAGAGGGGUGUACAUGGGUGACAGAGGGGUGUAGAGGAGUGUAUAUGGUUUAUAGACGGGUGUAGAGGAGUGUACAUGUGUGACAGCGAGGACAGGAGGAUGAACAUGGUGACACGGGUGUGGACGGGGGGGGUUGACAGUUGGGGUGGGUAGAGGGUGGACCUGGGUGACACCGCAGUGACGGUGGCACCGCAGGUAUUACAGCUUCUUCACCAUGGCUCCAUUUUUGCCUCACUGGGCCGCAAGGGGGAGUGGGACACUGUGCGCAGUUCGCACGCAGGCUUCCCUUCCACCCUGCGCCGUCAGUCAUCAGCGAGCAUGCCAGGGCUGGAAAUAAAAAAAUCAACGGAAAAAUAAACUCCAACAAUGGGAAGUGUCAAAUGGAAUAGCAGUGUGCCGAGGGACCACGUUUGGGAACUGACUGGUGUAGACAGAUUAAAAUAGACAAAAUAAAAUAACCACCAUAAAAAUUUAAAUAACUAAUUAAUAUAAUAUAAAUAACAAGAUAAAUAAACAUAAAAAAAUUGUAAACAAUAAAAGUGCAAUGUAAAACUGUAGUAACAUGAAAAGUGCAGAAAGUAAGUGUCAUAGUGAAUCAAACAUCAGCAGCCAUGUCACUUGCUGGGUAUUCAUCAGGCCAGUGGAAUCCAAUAUAUUGCCCGUCAGGAUCUGGAAAUUCAGACCUAAUAAAAUUGACGACACAUGAUGGUAUUGGCUUUCGUCGUUUAGGCCCAAGGAUUCCAUGCGCAAAACAAGAGUAGGAUCUAUAAGCGGACUUGCGAAUAACCCUACAAAUAAAAUAAGAUUAAAAUAGUGUAAAAAUUAUGAAUAAUUUACAGAUAUGUGGAUUUAGAUUCAAAUUUCACAAUCGUGGGGGAAGACUUAUAAAGACCUACAUCAUGUUGUUACACUUACAUGAGUUCAUAAGGCUGUGGUGGAGCUAAAACCAUGUGCUACCGUAUCCCUGCCGUAUGGUAAAUCAUUUCAAUGAGCCGACCGGAGUGAUCCUCAGUGAGGUUGGCUCAUUUUUGUCCCGUAUGCACUUUCAACCGUACCUAAAAAGGUGAAGUAAAACCAUGGUCGACUAUGGCUUUAGGUCUGUGGAAAAAGCGCAUACAGGGCAAAAAUGAGCCAACCAUAAUCGGCAUUUCACUCCGGUCGGCUCAUAGAAAGGAAUUAACAUAUGGUUGCAUAUGGCAGGGAUACGUGAUCCCCCGGUUUUAUCUCCCCCAGCCGUAUACGCUAAAGUUUGUGUAAAUGUACUUUGAGAUUGGUAAAUUAUUUGCACACAAAAAAAUUAAUAAAAAAUAAAAUGAAUUGUAAUAGCAACUGCAAUUAUGUUCAUGUAAACACA